AUGUCAUUCUAUCCCUACACCUUGAGCUCGGCGCGGGACCGCGAUCGGGGCGACGACCCUUCCGGCCUCCAGGAUUCCCCAGGUGCGCCCUCUGCCUCCCUGUCUCCCUCGGCGUCCCGCGCCCGUCGGAUCUCCGCUGCGUCCUCCUCGGGGGCGGGUGGCAGUUCCUACCCCGAGGCCUCGUCCGCAGACUUUCCUCCUUUCGCUUCCUCCUCGCCGUCUCCUUCCUUUCCGGCCGACCGCGCUCGCCGCGGCGCCGGAGACGCGCCCUGGCUCCGGAGCCACCCCACGGGGCCGUCGGCGGGCGCGACGGCGCCCAGCACGAGGGGCAGAAGCCUGCUUCCGCCUCCGUCGCUUGUCUCAUCGGUGGUGUGCCCCGCUGCGGAGCUAGACCGAGCGCCGAACCCGUUCUCGGCCUCCCUCGGCUCGCCGGGCGCGACUGUCUCCGACGGAGACUGGGCGGAACCCGCGGCGGGGCUCGGGCCCGCGCCGCGCCUGCCGCACGGCGUCCACGUCCUCGGAGCGAGCAGCGUCCGCAGUCUGGCGAGCACGAGCUACGACGGAGCAAGCAGUGCGCUGUUUUAUCCGAAUGUGGGCCUCUACUCGGGGGCGCCACCCACCCACACCUCGACGAUUUCGGCCUUCCAGACCGGCGGCCAGGGAGGCGGAGACGGGGCGACUGGCCACGCGCCGCUCUGGGGGGCCUCGGCAGACGCCAGGAGGACCGGAAUGUCUCGAUGGGGAGGCGGACGCGGUCGGAGCGCCCGCGGAGCCGGGCCCGAAACUAUAGGGCGAAGCACAGCACUCGGCCUGGGGCAGCUGGCGGACGACGGAGACGUCUACUUCGCUGCCGGCGACGACGUUCCCGGAACGCCAAAAUCCCCCUCUGAUGCAGAACCCCACACCUACCAGCCGCCGCGACUUGCGUCUGAUAUCCCGCCCUCUACUUCUUCUGCCGACAUGCGAGGAAGCGCCGACGGGCCAGCCUCGCAUGACAGGUUCUCGCCUUCUCCGUCUUCCUCAGAGAUGGCGCAGUCUUCUCUGUUCUCCUCGUUCGCACUCCCCUCUUCGUCCUCCGCGCCCUGGGGGGGCUUGGGGCGCGAUCCCCCGCACCCAGACAACGCCUCGUUCACCGGCAGGGCGAGGCCUUCGGCGUUUUCUUCGGCGGCGGCGGACGCUUCGUCGUUUUCUCCUUUUCUGCUUUCCGCGCAGCGCGGCUCGGCGCACACAGACACGAGAGAAGCCUUCUCUCCCGCACGCUCUCGCGGCGGCGCGGCGUCGGGUCGCCAUCCUUCGGCCUCCUCGCUGUCUCCGCCGUCGACCCCCGCAGAGUCGGCUCUUUGCUACGUGUCGUCGGAGGACUUCUCCGACUGGUACGUUAGUUGGGAGCAUCCGUUUCUCAAGCGCUCGCCCCUCGACGUCAGCGGCGGGCCGCUGCCGACGCGCAGGUGCACAGACGUCUUCUUCUUGGGCCUCUUUGUGCUGGUGUGGCUGGCAGUCGCAGGCGCGCUCAUACUGCGCCUCGCGCCCAGUCCCUCGCCGCUGCCGCGGCUCUCCUCGGGGAUCGACUGGCGCGGCCGCGUCUGCGGCUACGACGAGGGUGUGGAGGACUUCCCGCUCGUCUACUGGCCUGCGAAGAAACAGCCCAGCGCGCCCGACGACGCCGAGCUCUCGGCCUGCAGCGUCAUCCCGGUCUGCACGAAGAAGUGCCCUGCGUACUUUGCGCCGGCGCGCGAGAAGGGCGACUGUCCGCCAGACGCGGAGGCCGCGGGGCUCUGCACGUGGUACGGCGCGGCGCCGGCCGCCCUGCUCCUGCGGCGCUACUGUCUCUUUGUAGGGCCCGACGGAAGGGCGAAGGACCACGGCCUCUUGUCGUCUUGGAUUCGAUGGGUCGCCGACCUCGAUAUCGCCUGGCCUGUGCUGAUUGCUGCGCCGACCGCGGCGCUUGUGCUCGGCUACCUCUUCAUGUGGCUGCUGCAGAAUGCAGCACAUCUCGUGGUAGCCGUUCUGGUGAUGGCUUUAGAGCUUCUGCUCAUCGGCUCUUCGUACGCAUUUUACCGCGCGUAUGCGACGUCUUCCAACUCCCUUUUCUCUCCUUCGACGACUGUGCCUCCGGUGUACAUACACCCAUCAGAUCCGUCGGUUCUCCUGGAGACUGCGCGCCUUUCUGGCUCCCUCCUGGCAGCGCAGCCUGCGUCGUGGUCUUCCCCUCCGCUUUCGUCUGGCUCUGCGCUGGUCGCCUGCUCGCUUUCCUCCGCCUCCGGUGUCGCGCAUCUCUUGGGUGCUGUCGCCUGCGGGGCUGCGGCGCUCCUCGUGGCGUUCUGCGCGGUCUUCUUUCGGCACGAAAUUCAACUCUCGACUUCGGUUCUCACGGCCGCGGCGAUGCUGCUCCAGCAGGCGCCGCCCAAGUUCCUUCUUCUUCUCCCUCUCGUCGCGGGCGCUGCCCUCGUCUCGCACGGCGCCCUCGCGGUCGGGGCGGUAUCGCACUUGCUUGCUCUAGGUCCGGUUCCUACUCUGCCGGUCGCCACGUGCAUUCCUUCGCUUAGCCCCUGGUUGCGGCUGCCGCUGCUUUCUUGGUCUUCAACUGCGCUGCUUCUCGCGCUCCUGUUUGUGGCGCUGUGGACGGCUGCCUUCCUCACCGCGACCUGCCGGAUGAUUGUCGCCUACUACGCCUCCGCCUGGUACUUCAUGCCCCGCCAAAUGUCGGAUAGACGAGAGCUUCUGAAGGUCAAGGCGGCGGAGGCAGCAAAAGUGAUUUGCUGGUAUCACCUCGGCUCUGCGGCUCUCGGCGGACUGGUCCUCUCGACGGUUCAGAUCAUGAAGCUCACACUCAGUUGGGCGCGCCACCGCCCCGUGCGGCGCAGCCAGUCCGCUUGGAGGAGGUGCUUCUACCGUCUAUCCAACUGCUUCGCCUCUCUGUACGCCCCCGUGAAGUGCGUGACGCCCACGGCGUUUGUCUUCGUUGCCUUGCUGGGGCAGCCGCUGCUGCAAGCGUCGUGGACUGCCGUGGCGACACUAACGCGGAAUCCCGUAACGACCGCGUUCGUGUGGCAAGUCGGAUGGCUGCUGCAAAUGAUUUGUCAGCUGUCGAUUUCCAUUAUUGUCGCCUGGUGUACGUACACCUUGCUACCGAUGAUUCCGAGCAUCUUCAGUCAACUUUCCUCUCUCGCGCCGCCGGUUCUGUGCGCAUUUGUCCUCUCGCUCUACGUGGCCAGCGUGAGCAUGCAGAUCUUCGGUCUGGCGGUUGACACCUUGCUUCAGGCAUUCUUGGCGGACCGCGAGAUGUCUCUACAAGACGGGAAAUUCACUGCGGAGCACGCUCCAGCUCCGCUUCGCACGCUGGGUCGCCACAUGCUGCGUAACCGACCUUCUCAUCAACGGUAUCGCCGUUGA